AUGCCAACCACACAAAGAAGCCAUGUCGGCCAACCAAUCAUCCUCGACCCCAAAGCUUACAAUGUUGUCUGGAUCGCUCCACUCAGGAUUGAAGCUAAGGCUGCUAUGUACUUGCUCGACGAACAGCACCACGGCCGGUUUCCUGUCAGCCAUGGCGAUGACUAUGUGUUUCAAGCGGGCGCCAUGGGCGGUCAUAAGAUCGUUAUCGUGACUCUACCGGCAGGCCAGGAGUACGGCACAGCCUCUGCGGCUGCUCUCGCAGGUCAGGUGAAAAAGUUCUUCCCCAACCUCUGGUUCGGCCUCCUCGUCGGCAUGGCAGCAGGGCUUCCCAACCUUUCAUGUGUUCCAGCGCGCGAUAUUCGACUAGGUGACGUGCUUAUAGCCCUUCCUGUUGGCGAGAGUCCUGGAAUAAUCCCGUAUGAGCUCGGAAAAGAGACGGAAGACGGAUUCCAACUGCUCCGACGUGGUUAUAGCCUCGCCAUGACUGAAACAAUCGUUAGAUCGGCCAUUGGUAGCAUCAAACUCGAGGCGCCCAACGACGCCGAACUAUUCUUGCCAUAUUACGAGAAGAUACGCAAUUGCGAACAUGGAACCGGCACAUUCGAAGAUCCAGGACAAGACAGCGACGUUUUGUUCCAAAUGAACGACUAUGGAGAAGAGGAAAUCGUCCAGCGUCGUCGACGAUCAAAGUCAGAUUAUCAACGCGUUCGAGCGUGGUAUGGCUCAAUUGGAUCAGGAGAUAAGCUGAUGAGAAACGCGGAAAAGCGAAAUGCUUGGAGGGACAAAUAUGGUAUCAUUGGUUUGGAAAUGGAAGCGGCGGGAAUUAUGAACCGAAUUCCAGUCGGCGUCAUCCGAGGGGUAUGCAAUUACGGCGAUCGACACAAGAACAAAGAAUGGCAGCCGUUUGCGGCAGCGAUGGCGGCUUCGUAUGCUAGAGCGUUGCUUGAUGAGAUACCCCCAAGUGAAGACAUAACUAAAGACAAGUUCUUCGGCCUACAUCAAAGUCAUAAAGUGGCACUGACAGGGCUUGGUGGGGUUGGCAAGACUCAAAUCGCUCUCAGCUUUGCCUAUGAAAUGAAGGAAAAGCGACCGGAAUAUUCGAUUUUCUGGGUGCCGGUCUUGAGUUAUGAGGCUGCAGAACACGCAUAUGCUGAUAUCGCAAAGAAGCUCCGGCUGCGAGAGAGCAGCGAGGACAAGGAUGCAAAGGACCUUGUCUAUCAGUACCUCAGCUCGGAAGAAGCUGGCAAAUGGCUCUUGAUUGUUGAUAAUGUCGAUGACCAGGAGCUUAUUACUGGAUCUCACAAGAGGUCAGGUCUGGAACAUUACUUGCCUUACAGCGAGAAUGGUAUUAUCUUGAUGACGACAAGGUCUGGGCAUGUUGCUGGGGAUUUUGCACAAUCCGAUAUUAUCGAUAUUAAGCAGAUGGAUAUGGAAGAAGCGAAGAUACUGUUGGAAAAGUCUAUGAUCCAAAAGCAGCUGCUUCAAGAUGAACUAGCGGUUGUUGAGCUGCUCACCCAUCUUACCUUUCUCCCGCUAGCUAUUACGCAGGCUGCCUCUUACCUUAAUCAGACCAAAGCCCCCGUACGGACAUAUUUAGGUCUCCUAGCAAACGCUGAGGACAGCGGUAUGAAAGUUCUUAAUAGGGAGUUCAGAGAUAAUACCCGAUACAGGGACUCUCGGAACGCUGUGGGAACAACAUGGAUUGCGUCUUUCCUCCAGAUUCAAAAGUCGAACAAACUUGCCGCUGAUUUGUUGUCAUUCAUGUCAUGCAUAGAGCCAAAGGCCAUUCAGCAGUCGGUGUUACCGGAUGUGGAGCAUGAUGAGUUGGAAUGGGCUAUUGGCACGCUUUGCAGCUACUCAUUUCUAAUUCGAAGAAGAGAAAACAAUGUAUUCGACAUGCACAGUCUUGUACACACGGUAGCACGAGAUUGGUUUGAGAAGCAGGGCUGGGAGAGAAAAGUGUCAAACGACGUGAAACGCCCUUCACAACAGCAAAGGUCCCCACAGAAGGCGAUGUAUGAAUCGGGAACGCUAAAAAGGAGGAUUUACCACACGUGA